AUGCCUGGCCUGUAUUGCCCAUCAACCUGGACUCCUCUGCCCCUCAAGGAUUCCCGGGUCCGGGCCUGUGCCAAUGGCCCUUGCUUGGGCCUCAGUGCCCACCUCACUUACCACAACCCAGCACCAGAGCCCGUAGAAGGGGUGUUUGUAUAUCCACUGGCUGAGGCAGAGGCUGAAGUGGUGUCUGGCUUUGAGGCAGAAGCAGCAGGAAGGCGGGUCUCCUUCCAGGUGCAAAGCCGCCACAGAAGCCCCAGUGAGCCCUGCUGCCGGGAGCUGCGUCCAGAGGCCGGCCUGCCUCGCCGUUGUGCCCAGGGUCAUUUGGUUCUUCAUCCAGCCCAGGCUCGCUCCACACUGGUGCUGCCCACAGGCCUCAUCGCCCCUGAAGGGACCAUUACCGUGUCACUGAGGAGCAGCCGAGAGCUUCACACGCGGCCAGAUGGGGCAAUACGUGUGGCCUUACCCUCCAUACUCACCCCCCUGGCCCAGUCCAGCCCAGCCAGACCCUCUGGCCUCUGUGACGACAGGUUGGGCCUAUGUCCCACCAGCUGCUUUGGGGUGGGCACUCCUGAGGAUGAGGGGCCUGCCCUGCAAGACUCACAAGCCCCCAGGGACAUGUUCUGUGGCCCUGCCCGGUGCCCAGGUCCAUACACUUUUUCCUUUGAGAUGCUGGUGACUGGACCGUGCCUGUUGGCAGGCCUGGAGAGUCCCUCCCAUGCCCUCCGAGCAGAUGCCCCACCUCAUGCCUGUUCUGCAGCCACUAUCUGUAUCACCCUGGCCGAAGGGCACCCCUGUGACCGGGCUCUGGAGAUCCUGUUGCACCCCAGUGAGCCUCACCAACCGCACCUGAUGCUGGAGGCGGGUGGUCUGAGUGCGGCAGAGUAUGAGGCCCGAGUGAGGAGCCGAAGGGACUUCCAGCGUCUCCUCCGAAAAGACAGUGAUGGGGAUCGACAGGUGUGGUUCCUGCAGCGUCGCUUCCACAAGGACAUUCUCCUGAACCCCGUGUUGGUCCUGAGCUUUUGUCCAGAUCUGAGCUCAGGCUCCCUGGAUCCUGGCUCAGCCACGAGGGAGUUUCUCUUCCUAGUGGACAGCCGAGGGGUCACUUACAAGGAAGCACUUCUCCUUGCAGUGAAGUCUCUCCCGCCUCAGACACUCAUCAACAUUGCUACGUUCGGUUCCUCUGUGCACCCGUUCUUCCCUGGCAGCCAACCCUGUAACGAUCAUACUGUACAGUUGGCCUGUGAGGGCAUUGAAGCGCUGCAGACAGGAUGGGAAAAGCCUGAUGUGCUGGCUGGGCUUCGAUGGGCCCUGGAGCAGCCAGGGCAACGAGGCCACCCCCGACAGCUGUUCCUGCUCACUGCUGCAAUUCCUACUGCUUCUGCCACCCACCAUACUCUUGAGUUCAUGAGACACCAUGGAGGCAUGGCCAGGUGCUUCUCCUUCGCGCUGGACCCUGCCUGCUGCCAGCUGCUCCGGGGUCUGUCUGCCCUCAGCCGGGGUCGUGCUUACUUCCUGGAUCCUGGGGAGAGGUUGCAGCCCAUGCUAGUGAGGGCACUUCGAACUGCACUGGAGCCGGCCCUGAGUGACAUUUCUGUGGACUGGUUUAUGCCUGACACUGUGGAGGCGAUGCUGACGCCCCGAGAGAUCCCCACGCUUUAUCCAGGAGACCGACUGAUUGGCUACUGCUCCCUCUUCCGUGUGGAAGGCUUCCGACCCCGACCAUCUGCGGGUCAAGAGCACGGAUGGAGGAGCUCAGGUGGCUCUGUCUUCCCAUCUCCAGAAGAGCCAUCGGCCACUAGUCACGGCACUGAGGCAACAGGGGCCACAGACCCCCAAGAGACCGGCAUGGCCUCUGCUGGGCACUCCAGCCACUAUGGUCCUGGGGACUCGGAGAGGAGUGAGUGUGGGUGGGAAAGCCCACUGGGGAUAGGGAAGGAGAAGCUCGGGGCCUACAUUUCCAUAUUCCCAGCAGGUGCUGAUGUCCCUACAGAUCCAGUCACUGACCCUGGGCCAGACCCUCCAUCAGAUGCAGCAAUCUGGCGGCGGAUCUUUCAUUCCUCCUACAUCCGUGAGCAGUAUGUCCUGACACUAUGUUCUACCAGCCCAGAGCCAGGCCCUGGCUCCCCAGGCAGCAGUGAGUCCCCAGGAUCCUGGGGCCCUGGCUCUCCUGAGAACAGUGUCCCCCCAGUUCUCCCUUCUCAGCAGGGCCACCGAAGCCUGGCUUGGGGAGACGCUGCUGCUGCUGCUGCCACCAGUCACUCCUGCCCACUGCCCCUGUCAGCCCCAUUCACGGCUCCACCCCUAGCCCUAGAAAGGCCAGGCCAACUUUCCAAAACGGCUUUCACAGGGCGCAGCCUCUCAACCCCCCAGGGUGAAAAGGACUCUGUUCUCCACCCCAGAAGGAACAAGUCCCUGGGUGGACAGCUGGAUAAACAAAGCCCAGAGCAAAGGCAGCAGCUUCACAGAAGUCUGGAUGACUCAGGAAACCUGCUCUCCCCGACACCCCUGGAUUGGGACAUGCUGGUGGAGCCCCCCUUCAUGUUUGCCCCCUCACCAUCUGCAGAAGAGGCUGCCCCUUCCCCCACAGCCCCACCUCCUCCACCCCUGCCCCAACCCCCACGGUGUCAUGUGGCAGUCCGAGCACUGCAGGAUGGGAGGCCUGUGUGCUGGGAGGUGGGCGCUGGCUUAGAGCCGUUCCUAGGGAGCCCAGAAGAUUCUCUGCCACCAUCUCCUGAGAGGGGAGACGCAUGGGACCAAACCCUGCACCGGCUGACGGCAGCCUCUGUGGUCCGAGACAAUGAGCAGCUGGCCCUGCAGGGGGCAGAGCCAGGUCCCAUCCGCCGCUUCCGGCUCAGAGCCCUCCAGACGAGCAAAGCUACUGCUGCCACCUCCCUGUUCACCUACCCAGUGGCUGUGGAUGCCAUCACCCGGGAGGCCCUCCCUGUGGCACUGCAAAUUCACAGAUCAGAGUCAGUGCUGCCAGCCCCAAUACCUGCCACCUCUGCAGACUCUCCUGAAGCCCCUGGUCACCCUGAGGGGCUUGCGGACAACUCCUCGGCUAGCUCCCGGGACUCCGAGAACAGCACCAGUUCAAGGCUCAGCUGGAGGAGGUUUGGUUCUGGCCGAAGACUCCACAGCCCAGAGCCUAACCGGAGUCUGGCUGGGGAUGGUGCCAAGAGAAGCAGUGACUCUGACUACCUCCCAUUGGUGAGGCUGCAGGAAGCUGCUGGCUCCUUCUGCUUAGACGGCCCCUUCUGCGUGGCAGUACAGAUCCCCCAUGAGAGGCUGUGCAGGGCCUCGCCCUUCCCGGCACACCGGGCCACCCUCAGCCCAGCCUCUGCCUCCUCACCGUGGGCUCUCCUGGGCCCAGGCUCUGGGGACAGGGUGACGGCUUCGGGCAGCCAGUCCCCCAGCACAGGCUCAGAGGGACCGGGCCAGGUGGACAGUGGGCAUGGGUCUGACACGGAAGCCUCGGAGGGUGCCGAGGGCUCGGGGAGCCCUGACCUGCGGGGCCGGAGCUGGGCCACAGCUGUCGCGUUGGCCUGGCUGGAACACCGCUGCACUGGCACCUUUGGGGAGUGGGAGCUGGUGGCGGCCAAGGCCGACAGCUGGCUGAGGGCCCAGUGCCUGCCUGACCAGCUAGAGUUGGCUGCCCUCAAGGCUGCUGCCCGAGGUCUCUUCCUGCUCCUCCGCCACUGGGACCAGAACCUCCAACUGCGCAUGCUGUGCUACAGCCCUGCCAACGUCUGAGGGCCAAGACUGG